AUGAACGGCGAUAGCUAUUCCAGAGACGGUGGCCGAUCCAGCGGAUCGCGCAACUACUCCUCGAGAGAUGACCAUCGCGAUCGCGGCGAACGGGGCGACCGUGGUGGCGACAGGCGCCGCCGUCGUUCUCGCUCCCCACGCCAUGGCGGAGGCUCCCGCCGCGACUACGAGGUAGACACGUACUCUUCCAGCCGCGACUACCGCGAGCGCGAGCGCGAAGACACAUACGCCCGCCGUGAGCGUCGCGAUGACCGGGGCGAGCGUGGAGCAGAGCGUGGUGCCGAGCGCGGUGCCUGGGGCGAUUCCUACUCCCGACGCGACCGACCUCGAGGAGGCGACCGCGACCGCGACGACGACCGUGGCCACCGACGGGAACGCGGAGACCGCAACGAAAGGGGCGGCGACCGAUUCGGAGGCGAAGAGCGCAGAGGCGGACGAGGAGGACGCGAUGGAGGCUUUGGCGGCGGACGUGAUAGGAUGCGUGCGCAAAAAGAGGAGUCUCCGCCAUUCAACAAGCCGCGCGAGGCUACCCCCGAUCUCACUACCUUCACCAACAUCCAGAAGCGCGAGCGUCGCAUGACGCAAUGGGACAUCAAGCCUGCAGGUUACGAGAACAUCACCGCCGAGCAGGCCAAGCUGUCGGGCAUGUUCCCGCUGCCGGGAGCUCCUCGCGCUGCACCCAUGGACCCGUCCAAACUCGCCGCCUUCAUUUCGCCCUCCGCAGGAACCGCCACCGCUGCUGCCCUUGCGACAUCCGGCGCGAAGCAAUCGAAGCGUCUCUAUGUCCACAACCUGCCCCAGGGCUGCACUUCCCAAGAGAUUAUGGAGUUCUUCAACAACCAGCUCAACGGUCUCAAUGUCGUAUCUGGCAACGACCCCUGCCUGUCUGCCCACAUCGCUACGAGCAAGGAAUACGCUGCAUUGGAGUUCAAGGCAGCCGAAGAUGCGACCCUCGCGCUCGCUAUGAAUGGCAUUUCCAUGCGCGAUGACGGAGGCGCACCUGAUAGGUCGGGUCUGUCUAUCCGCCGUCCCAAGGACUAUAUUACUCCCACCGCCGACGAGAACGCAUACCCACCUGGCGAUGAGGUUUCAUCUGUUGUCAAGGACAGCCCGAACAAGCUGAGCAUCGUCAACAUCCCCACAUACAUCGAAGAGGAGCAGAUUCGAGAGCUCGUCGAGACUAUGGGCAAGCUCAAGGCCUUCACUUUGGUCAAGGAUACUGGUACCGACCAGCACCGCGGUAUUGCAUUCUGCGAGUAUGCUGACAACGGAGUCAUCGACGCCGUCAUCGAGGGUCUCAACGACAUCCCACUCGGCGAUGGUAACCUCAAGGUUUCGCGCGCAACUGUCGGACUUCAGCAGACGACUGGUCUCGACGGUGGAGUUGGAGCCAUCUCAAUGUUGGCAGGAGCCAGCGCUGCUGAGAACCACGAGCACAGCCGUGUCAUCUGCCUGAUGAACAUGGUCACCUCGGACGAGCUGCUCAACGAUGAUGAAUACGAAGAAAUCAAGGAAGACAUCGAAGAGGAGUGCGGCAAGUACGGACCCAUUAUCGAGACCAAGAUCCCCCGCCCCGCUGGUGCCCGCGUCAACCUCGGUGUUGGCAAGAUCUACAUCAAGUACAAGGACACAGAGUCUGCGCAGAAAGCUAUCAAGGCGCUUGCCGGUCGUCAGUUCUCCCGGAGAACGGUUGUCGCGACAGAGUUCUCUGAGGAGGGCUUUGACGUUGAUGCCUGCCCGUCAAUCAUCAUGGCUAGUAUUAGGCGCUUCUUCUACUCCCAACUUUUUGUUACGCCACCCAAGCCCACCGGCGACCUAACUGGCAAGACUGUCAUCGUCACUGGCUCUAAUGUCGGUCUUGGAAAGGAAUCCGCACGUCACUUCACCCAGCUCAACGCCUCCACCGUCAUUCUCGCCGUGCGCUCCAUUGAGAAAGGCGAGGCAGCGCGCAAAGACAUCGAAUCUACCACAGGCCGCAACAAUGUAGUCAAAGUCAUGCAACUCGACAUGUCAUCCUACCAGUCCGUUCUCGAUUUCGCCCAGAAAGCAAGCAAAGAGCUAGAAAGGGUGGACAUCGCAGUUCUCAACGCCGGCGUAACCCGCGCCGCGUGGGAAGUCUUCGAACAAGACGAGUCUACCAUCACCGUGAACGUCGUAUCUACCUUCCUGUUGGCUUUUGCGUUGUUGCCGAAGCUCAAGCAGACGGCAAGCAAGUUCAACACCAGACCCACGCUUACCAUUGUGAGCUCCGAGGUCCACGAAUGGGCGACUUUCGACGAGAGGAAAGCACCCGAGGGCAAGCUCUUCGAGAGGUUGAACGAGAAGGUUGUUAAUGGGAAGGAUGUUAGCCUGAACAACCGGUAUCAAGUUAGCAAGCUACUCGAGGUACUCUUUGUCCGCGCGUUCUGCGAGCGAUACCCCGAGUCGCAAAUCCCAGUCACCGUCAACCUUGUCAACCCUGGUUUCUGCCACUCUGAAUUCGGUCGCGAAAAUGGAAUUGCCGUCGCAAUUGGACGCUUUUUGCUUGCGCGGAAAACGGAAGUCGGGUCGAGGACUCUCACGCACGCUGGUAUUUCAGGUGUUGAGACGCACGGCAAGUAUCUCAGUGAUUGUGAGAUUACGGAGCCGAGUCCUUAUGUGCGGAGUGAGGAGGGUAAGAGAGAUCAAGAGAGGGUUUGGAAAGAGCUGGUGGCGAAAUUGGAGGGUAUCAAGGCCGGGAUUACAGAGAGCUUUUAG